AUGUGGUCCUGCAAUGUCCAUGGCUGUCGGCGUGGUGGCUCCCGCGACUUGACUGCAGCAGGGCUCUCGGGGGCAGCACCGCUCCACUCCCUUCGGCCGCCAGGACCCGCGGUGCGGCUGCAGAGGCGGAGGACAAGGAAAAGAAGGAGGAGGAAGAGAAUGCUGCGUGCCUUGGUGGUGGUGUCCCUGUGGCUGCGGGUGAGCCCGCGGGCGCAGGGCGGACCAUGCGAGGCGGUGCGCAUCCCCAUGUGCCGCUCCAUGCCCUGGAAUAUCACCUGCAUGCCCAACCACCUCCACCACAGCACCCAGGAAAACGCCGUCCUCGCUAUCGAACAAUACGAGGAGAUGGUGGCCACCGGCUGUAGCCCGGUCUUGCCCUUCUUCCUCUGCGCCAUGUACACCCCUAUCUGCACUCUGGAGUUCCUCUAUGACCCCAUCAAGCCGUGCCAUUCCGUCUGCCAGUGCGCCCGCCACGGCUGCGAGCCCAUCAUGCGCCGCUACAACCACAGCUGGCCCGAGAGCCUGGCUUGCCACGACCUCCCUGUGUAUGACCGCGGCGUCUGCAUCUCCCCAGAGGCCAUCGUCACCGACGUGCCGGAGGAUGUGAAGUGGAUGGACUUCACACAGGGCUUUAUGGUGCCGGACAGACCCCUGGAGCCUGACUGCAGGAGCCGUGGCCAGGGUGAGCCUAGGACGAUACCCCAGCUCCACCUCCCCAGAGACUGGGUCCCUCUGACACCCCUCAACCUUCCUCCCUUCUCUUCCUUUGAAGAGCAGUGCAGGUACAAAAAGACAAAGCCUACGCUGUCAACCUACUUGGCCAAGAACUACAGCUACAUCAUUCACGCUAAAGUAAAAAGCAUAGAAAGAGGGAACUGCAAUGAGAUAACGACUGUUGUUGAAGUCAAAGACAUACUCAAGUCUUCAACACCAAUUCCUCUGUCCCAAAUGCCCCUUCUUACAAAUUCCUCCUGCCACUGCCCACCUCUUCAACCAAAGCAGGAUGUUCUCAUCAUGUGCUAUGAGUGGCACUCAAGGUUGAUGCUUCUUGAUGGAUGUCUAGUUGAAAAAUGGAAGGAUCAACGAAACAAAAGAUUUAAGAGGUGGGAACAGCGACUGCAAGAGCAAAAAAGGCGAACUGCACGCAGUAAGAACCAGAACUCAGGACGCAGUGGUCAGAGUGGAGCCCUGAAACCGCAAACCAAGAACACCAACCCACUGAUCAGUGGCCCCAAAAAGGCCAUUAAAAUAAGAAAUGGACAGAAAGAAAUCAACCCCAAAAAAGUAUGA